AUGGAAACAGCAAAGAACGCAAUCAAGCAUGCCACAAGCUCCGAGUCCCCAUUCGCGCCGGGCUUCAAGGUUCCGAUAACGCACCAAGAUACUCCAGGGAAACAAGGAGAUCUCCCCAUUGAACCGAUCAAUACCCAAGUCCCAACCGAAGAUGGUGGACUGCAAGCCUACAAGGCUGCAGGCAAGCUGCAAGACAAGAAAGCCCUCAUCACCGGUGGUGAUAGCGGUAUCGGGAGAGCCAUUGCCCUUCUAUAUGCCAUGGAGGGAGCAGACAGCUUCAUUGUAUAUCUACCGGAAGAGGAGGAGGAUGCCCAAGAGACCAAGCGUCAGGUGGAAAAGAUUGGCCGCACAUGCCACCUGCUCAGUACAGAUCUGAGACAGUUUGACAACUGCAAAAAGGUUGCCGACGCGGCGUUGGAAAAGUUCGGUCGAGUGAACAUCCUGGUCAAUAAUGCCGCGUUCCAAAUGAUGCAACAGGACAUCACCGACAUUCCCAAUGAGCAGUGGAUCAAGACGUUCGACACCAACAUCCACCCAUUUUUCUUUCUCUCCAAGCUUCUGGUCCCUCAUAUGAAGAGAGGAGACACCGUCAUCAAUUGUGCAUCUAUCAAUGCAUAUAUCGGUCGCCCUGAUCUGCUGGAUUAUACUUCAACCAAGGGAGCAAUUGUAUCAUUCACCCGCGGACUUGCCAAUCAACAGAUGAAAAAAGGCAUUCGCGUCAAUGCGGUUUGCCCCGGCCCGGUAUGGACACCCUUGAUCCCCAGUACCAUGGAUGAUUCUGCGCAAGAUCAAUUCACAUCUCCUAUGGGUCGCCCGGCCCAGCCAAGUGAGAUCGCAACCUGCUUUGUGUUUCUUGCGAGCACAGACAGCAGUAUGAUCUCGGGACAGAGUCUUCAUCCCAACGGUGGUGUUAUUGUGAAUGGCUGA